GGAAGAAAUACAUACAAGUGGAUGCAAUAGAUACGAGGGUACGAUUGUGAUUAUAGUGUUACAACAAGGGCAAAAAUGUCCUAAUCCUAAAACAUGGUGAAAGGAUAAAGCAGCAUUGUGAGUUCUGCACAAUCAUCAUCAUCUUCUUCCUCUUGGUGACAAUGGCUGCAUCUCUCCAUACUAGCCAAUUGGGGUCUGCUUUUUUGGGUGAAAGAGCUGGAAUCUGUGUUUCGACUGUUCCCGUCACGCGUCUUGGGUUUAGAAGGAAAACUGUUGAAUGUAAAGAGUCGAGAAUCGGGAAGCAACCGAUUGAAGUACCGUCAAAUGUGGUUAUCACAUUAGAAGGCCAAGAUAUGAAGGUCAAGGGUCCUUUAGGAGAACUUGCGUUAUCUUAUCCACGAGAAAUAACAAUAGAUAGGCAGGAAUCAAUCCUUAAGGUCAGUAAGGCGGUUGAGACACGAAGGGCCAAUCAAAUGCAUGGGCUAUUUAGGACUCUGACCAGCAAUAUGGUGGUUGGUGUAUCAAAGGGGUUUGAGAAGAAGCUUCAGUUGGUUGGUGUCGGUUAUCGUGCAACGGUUGAAGGGAAAGAGUUGAUACUGAGUCUUGGGUUCUCUCAUCCGGUCAAAAUGACAAUCCCGGAUGACCUAAAAGUCAAAGUCGAAGACAACACCCGAAUCACUGUGAGUGGUUAUGAUAAGUCAAACAUUGGUCAAUUCGCGGCGUCAAUAAGGAAGUGGAGACCUCCGGAACCGUACAAAGGUAAGGGGGUGAAAUAUGCUGAUGAAAUCAUUAGAAGAAAGGAGGGCAAAGCAGGGAAGAAGAAGUAGGUUGUGUAUUCAUUCACUUGAGUUUAAUUCUCAAUGUAAUUUCCCCUUUUGUUUGUUAUUUAUUGAAAAAUAUUUCUCAAUCUUACUUAAAAACCUUGUGGCUUGUCUUUUGCUAAGAUGUUUAAGUGGCUAGAUGCCUAGAUUAAAUCAUUGUAUCCGUUUA